GAGGAGCAACGAAGGAAUGGACGUUGUUAGUGCUCGCUGAGUUGUGGUCAUGUGCUGUGUUAAGUGAUUUUUUUAUAAUGGAGCAACUUAUUCGAAGAAUAUUAUCAUAUAGAAUUCUCUAUAGAGGCAGAAAAAUGUCAUUAAAUUAUUAAAUUUUCGAGUAAAGUACCUCCUCGCUAGAGCAAACAGAACGAUAGCAUUUUUUUGCCAUUGAGCAGGAAUCAGCUUGCUCGUAAAAAUGGGGGUAGCCGAAGAUUUUGCUCCAAGCUUCACGCAGAAGCCACAACUGCGUCAAGAAGAUGAAGGCAACCGAUUGAUAUUUGAAUGCCGUUUGUUGGGAUGCCCCAAGCCGGAAAUUACAUGGUUUCGAGGUGAAACCCAACUAGCUGAAGAUCACAGAACCAUUAUGAAAAUACAAGCCGUUGCUACCAACACGUAUGUCGUAAUACUUGAGUUGGACGAUGUAGUCGAAAUGGACGCUGGUCUUUAUAAGGUUAAGGCGAAAAACAAAAUGGGCGAAGUGGCUGCAUCAAUCAAUUUAAAUUUCAGUCCGGUUGACGAACCACAUGAAAAACAAAUUGAUGGAUUAGCCCCGACAUUUUCAAAGAAACCAUCGAUUAAACAAGAAGAUGACGGCAAAAGACUUUUGUUCGAAUGCAUUAUUCAAGCUGAUCCAAAACCGACAAUCGCAUGGAUCCACGGUGGAAAACCAGUGAUUGAUUCUCCUAGACAUAAGCAAUAUGUAGAUAAAGAUGGACAUUCCUAUUUAGCAACUCUAGAAAUAAGAAACGUCACUGUUGAAGAUGCUGGAAAAUAUAAAGUUACAGCAAAAAAUGAAUUGGGUGAAAGUAAUGCAACAAUUAGUCUUAAUUUUGACAGUGGUGAUACUGGUUCUGGAAUGGCACCGUCGUUUAUCGAAAAACCUCGAAUAAUUCCAAACGAGUCUGGCACGCUAAUUACACUCCGUUGCAUUUGUACAGCUAAUCCUAAACCAGAGGUCACGUGGUUUAAAGGUACAAAAAUUGUCACUGAGUCUUCGAAAAUUUCUAUGAAAGUAAGCGGACAAGAAAACACAUACGAAGUGCUCUUAUUGAUACAGGAUCCAAUUGGUCCAGAUAGCGGUACUUAUAGGUGUCAUGUGAAAAACGAACAUGGCGAAAGUAAUGCGAACUUGAAUCUAAACAUUGAAACUGAUCCUGAACCGGAAGGCGAACCUCCUACGUUCAUAAUAAAACCAAGGAUACAGUCCAAAAAUAAUGGAAAAUUAAUCGUGAUGGAUUGCACUGUAAAAGCCAAUCCUAAACCUGAAGUGAUCUGGUACCACGAUGGUAAGAUAUUGAGUCAAACUUCCAAACUUUCUUGGAAAGUUGAAGAAAAAGGCGAUUCUUACUACAUAUGUUUAGAAUUAAAGAAUCCAGGCAAAGAAGAUACGGGGUUAUAUAAAUGCAGUAUAAAAAACGGGAAUGGUGAACUGAAUGCAAAUUUAACACUCAAUAUUGAAAUUAUACCGGUGAUUAAGGAAGUCCCACGUGUUGUCACGAUAUCAAAAAAUAAAAACGUUGUCAUUGAGUGUCGCAUCCAGUCCAUUUUUGAACCCCAGUGCACAUGGAAGAAAGACAACACUGUGAUUAAUGACAACGUUACAAGAGAAACAAAAAUCGAACGCGUCAAGGAUGGAGAGUAUGUGGUAAAAUUAGAAGUAAAAAAUGCAUCAUCCAGUGAUAAGGGUGUAUAUAAAUUAAUAGCUAAAAACGAAAAAGGAGAGGUGGUAUCAAAUCCUAUAGAAGUUAAAGAAGUAGCUGAAGAAAAAAUAGAAAAACCAUCUAUUGAUGAGAAACUGAAAUCAAUCCGUGCUAAUGAAGGUGAACGAAUAGAAUUCGUUUCUAGUUUAUCGAAAAUUGAUAAAUCAGUCACCGUGAUUUGGUAUAGGAAUAUGAAACAAAUAACGGAAACAACAGAUACGAUAAUAAGUUUUGACGGUAAACGAGCAAGUUUAGUUAUCAUAAAAACUCGAAUAGAACAUAGUGGUACUUAUAAAAUUGUAUUCAAAAAUUCUGCCGGCAGUGAUGAGUCAUCCGCAGAACUUAAUAUUACUGAAGCAAUGGAAGUCGACGAGAAAAAACAGGAAGAAGUUAAAGAAACUAAAGAAAAAACUGUAAAGCGAAAAUCUUCAACCACAACAAAAAAAACGGAAGAAACCGAAAUAAAUGAAAACACUCCACCGGAAGAAAAACGUAGAUCAUCUAUACUUAAAACAUCUAAUGGAAAUGACACUAAAGAAGAUGGUCAACCUGAAAUAAAAAGGCGUUCUUCUGUAUUAAAAAAAUCAACGGAAAACACGACGACUGUGUUAGAGGAAAAUAAAAGUCAAGAAAAAAGAAGAUCGUCGAUAUUAAAGAAAUCUAAUAAUGAAAAAACUGAAAUAAAAGAAAAAGAAGAAGAAGAAAUUAAGAAACCUGUGACAAAAAAAACUACUACUGAAAAAACUGAGGUUAAAGAAAAAGAAGAAGUGAAGAAACCACUGACAAAAAAAACUACUAUUGAAAAGACCGAAGUUAAAGAAAAGGAAGAGGAAAUUAAAAAACCACUAACAAAAACAUCUGUAAGUGAAAAAACUGAAAUCAAAAAUGAAGAAAUAAAGAAACCGUUGUUAAAGAAAACAACUGACAGUAAUAAUUCAUUACCGACUGAAGAAGAAAAAGUGGUCGAAUCUCAUCGAUCAACAAAAAAAACCACAGAUGAAACUAUAACUAGUAACCACACUGAAAUACCAGUGGUCCAAGACAAUGUCGAAGAAAAACGAAAACCAACUAUGUUAAAAAAUGAAAAUGAAGAUAAUAAUGGUUAUACCUCCCCGACUGAAAAUAAUAUUCAGGAUAAUUUCAUAAAAAGGAGAGGCUCUUCGAUAAAAAAGACCAAUGAUUCAAUAGAACCAGUUGAAGAUAAUAUCAAUGAGACUAAACGACGACCUUCAAUAAAAAAAACUGUUGAAAAUAAAACAUCAAUAGAAGAUAAAUUAGAAGUUGAACGUAGACCUUCAGUAAAAACACAUGAUGAUCAUACUGCUCCUGUAGAAGACAGUAAAAUCGAUGAAAGUCGACUAUCGUCGGUUUUGGAAAAGAAAACAACAGAAAGUAAAACUCUUGUGCCAGAAGAAAAACCAGCAACGAAAAAACGACUUUCUACAAAAAAGUCUGAAAAAGUGGAACCUGAACAACCAGAGAAAAAAAUGCGACCGUCGAUAGCGAACGGAACUAAAAUGGAUAAUUCACAAGAUUCAUUUGACGAGAAAUCAAUUGACGAUCGAACACCGGAAACGAGUGUAGACUACUCUAUGAUGUCCGAGGACGAAAGUUCUAUACAAGAACCUAGUAUAAAGUUGGACUCUUCCGAAGAUAAAGCUCCGACAGGCAGGCACCGAGUGCCGGAGAUCAAAGCACCGGAAAUGCCCAAGAUCGAAGUGAUCCGCGAAGUGACACCCGAGGGUGGCAGGAAGAGCUCGUUGGGACCGAGUUCUGGGCAAUCGAGCCGAAGAGGUUCGCUGAUACCGCCACCCGAGGACACCAAGGGCCGGCGCCCGAGUUUGAUAAUUAGCGACGAGGAAAAUAGAAAAUUACGGCCCGGAGAGGUCCUGGAAGAAAAAAAGGUUGGAAAAUUGCGGCCUGGUCAGGUUAUUGAUGCAAAGCGUCGUCGUCCAAGUACAGAAAUGAGAAGACCAAGCGUAGCGGAAUUGGAAGAAAAAAUUGAUAAACCAUCCACGCCGCUUAAAGAUUUUGGUGCACCAGGCCCACCAAGCAUCGUAGAUGUUGCUGAAAGUUAUUCGGCUAUUGAAGAUCAAACUGGAUAUAUGACUAUACAAGUAGAAGGAACACCAGCACCAACAUUUAAAUUUUUCAAAGGAAUCACAGAGCUCAUUGAAGGAGGGCGAUUCAAAUUUUUAACCGAUGGAGAAACAAAUACUAUUACUUUGUGUAUGCGAAAAGUGAAACCAAAUGAUGAAGGAAAAUACCAAGUAGUUGUUAGCAACAUACAUGGAUCAGAUUCGGCAGAAAUGCAACUAUACGUAUCAGAUUCUAGUGGUAUGGACUUCAGAGCUAUGUUAAAGAAAAGAAAAUACGCCAAAUGGGGCAAAGACAAAGAAGACCCGGAAUGGGGUGAAUUAAAAGAAACUGAAAUACCUGUUCCAGCGCUCAAGAAAGUUGAAAAGAAACCAGAAUCAUUUUUGAAACCGUUAGUGGAUCAAUAUGCCAAAGAAGGAAAAGACAAAAAAGUUACAUUCGAAGGAGUAUUUUCCAAACCAAAUUCUAAGCCAAAAUGGUUCCUCCGGAAAGAUGAACUAUUCGCUGGAUCUAAAUACAAAUUUAAAAACGAGGGCGAUGUAUAUCAAUUGAUCAUUAUGGCACCGAAAGUGGAAGAUACUGGAAAAUACACAAUUGAAAUAGGUGGCGUUAGUUCAACAGCAUAUCUUAAUGUUGAAGAACCGGCACCGGUUUAUACAUUUUUGCGACCCCUCGAAUCUACCACUAAUGGUUUUACAAAACACGAAACCAGCAUGGAAUGUACGGUCAGUAGUAGUAUGGCUAUUGUUGGCUGGUAUAAAGAAAAAACAAAACUAUCGGACGGUGACAAGUACAAUAUAUCAAAGGAUAUGAGUGGAAUUUGUCGGUUGACGAUAAAAAAUUGUGAACUGAAUGAUAGUGGAAAAUAUUACUGUCGAAUUGAAAAACAAGACGACAAAACUUCAUCAACACUGAAAGUCGUCGAAUAUCCAUACAAGUUUGUCAAAGUUCUCAAACAUCAACAAAUGAUUGAAAAAGACACUGUUACAUUAUUAUGUGAAUUGGAUGAUGCAACAGGUGAUGUAAAAUGGUCUAAAAAUGGCCAAGAGCUUAAGGCUGAUAAGAGAAUCCGUAUUGUGAAGGAAGGCAGAAAAAGAAAACUGAUUAUAAAUGAUGCUAAAGUUACAGAUGGAGGUCUAUUUGCGUGUACAACAAACGCUGACAAAACUGAAGCGGAACUUAUUAUAAAAUAUCAAAAUAAAUUCAACAAAAAACUUAAGGAUACUGUUGGAAUCGAAAGAGAAAAAGUGAUAUUAGAAGUUGAACUUCAAGAUCAAACUGCUCCCGCUGAAUGGUUCUUUGAUGACCAACCAAUUAAGUCUUCAGAUAGAAUUGAAAUAAAAAAUUUGGGUGGUGGUAAACAUCAAUUAAUAUUCAAUAAAUUAGAACUGAAAGACGCUGGUGCAAUUAUGUGUAAAUCAAAUGAACUCACAUCUUUGUGUCUUUUGGAAGUGAAAAAAGGUGAAGAAAAACCUGUAAUUAUAUUUGAUGAAAAUGUAGAAGGGCCUGUAUCAAGAACAAUCAGCUUUGAAGUUCCUUAUAAAGUAAAUGGAACGCGACAAUCAGCUAUUGAUGCAAAAAUUUUAAAAGACGGCAAGCCAUUGACCGCUAAAGAUGUAGAAGCUAUUGUUCAUGAUGAUAAAAUUGUAUUUAAUAUCAGAAAACCUGCACAUGCGCUUUCGGGAAAUUAUCAAAUUCAAUUGAAAAAUGAUCAAGGACAAGAUACUAAAGAUGUUUAUAUUAAUAUGCAAGAUGUUCCAUCACCACCUGAGGAUUUGGAAGUAUCAGAUAUUUUCAAGACUAGUUGUAAGUUAAAGUGGAAAACUCCAAAAGAUAACGGAGGAGCUCCCAUACUUCACUACAUAAUCGAAAGACAGGAUUUAGCCUUAAAAGGUGGAUGGCAGAAUAUUGGAGAAGUGAAAGCAGAUUCUCCAUUAGUUUAUGAUGCAACUGAUUUGACCACUAAGAAAGAAUAUAAGUUCCGCGUAAGAGCAGUAUCGAAAAUUGGAGCUUCAGAACCAACAGCCUUGGCCAAAACUGUACUAGCAAAGGAUCCAUGGGAUGAACCGAGCAAGCCAAAGGAUGUAGAAGUAGUUGACUGGGAUAAAGACCAUGCCGAUCUGAAAUGGACUAAACCUGAAAAUGAUGGAGGAGCACCUAUUACAGGAUAUGUUAUUGAAUAUAAAGAAAAGUUUGGAAAAGAUUGGGUAAAAGGAAAAGUUUUCGAUGGUGAUAUUACAUCUGCAACAAUUGAUGGGUUAAAAGAAGGAACUCAAUAUGAAUUUCGAGUACGAGCAAUCAAUAAAGCUGGUCCGGGUGAACCGAGUGAAGCAACAAAACCAAUUGUUGCUAAAUGUAGAUUCGUGAAGCCAUGGAUAAUUGGAGACGAUUUAAAAAAUAUUAUCGUGAAAAAAGGACAAGUCAUCAAAUACGACAUCAAAUAUGGAGGUGAACCUGAACCUGAAGUUAUUUGGAAAUUAAACGAUAUUGAAGUUAAACAUGAUGGUGACAGAAUUACUAUUGAUAAAUAUGAACGUAACACGUUAUUAACAAUUCGACGUGCCGUAAGAAAUGAUAGCGGAAAAUAUACUUUAAUACUGAAAAAUAGUUCUGGAACAGCUGAAAAAUCUGCUGAAGUCAUAGUUCUAGAUAAACCAUUAAGACCCGUAGGACCUUUAAAAGCUGAAGAAAUUAGAGCAGAUCACAUCACGGUGUCCUGGAAAAAACCAGAAGAUAAUGGUGGUUCAGAUAUAACUGGUUAUAUUAUAGAGAAAAUGGAUAUGGACUCUGGUCGUUGGGUAGCUGCUGGCGAGACUGGUCCAUCAAAAGAAGAAUUUACGCUCACGAAUUUAACUCCAAAAAAGAAGUAUAAGAUUCGAGUUAAGGCUGUAAAUAAAGAAGGAGAAUCUGAACCACUUGAAACAACUGAAGAAAUUCUAGCUAAAAACCCAUACGACGAGCCAGGUGAACCAGGAAAACCUGAAAUAAUUGAUUAUGAUAAUAAGAGUGUUACAUUGAAAUGGAAAAAACCAGAAUCCGACGGUGGAAGACCAAUUUUACAUUACAUAGUAGAAAUGAAAGAUAAAUUUACAUUAGAUUGGACAGAAGUCACAAAGACACCAGACAGUACUCCAGAAAUUAAAGUCGAUGGGUUAAAAGAAAAAAUGAUUUAUCAGUUCCGAGUAAAAGCCGUUAACAAAGCUGGUCCAGGAGCUCCGAGCAAACCAACAGAACCACACGUUUGCAAACACAGAAACCUAAAACCGAGAAUUGACAAAGAAGGCAUGAAAAGUAUUAUGGUAAAAGCAGGUAGAAAUCAAAAAUGGAUAGUAGAUGUUACUGGAGAACCAGUACCUACGUUAACGUGGAUUUUUAAAAACGAAACUCUUGUGAAUAACGAUAGAAUAAAAAUUGAAAAUAUUGAUUAUCAAACCACGUUGACAAUAACUAGCGCUAUUCGUAAAGACACUGGCGUAUAUACCUUAGUAGCAGAGAAUGCGUCUGGUAAAGACGAAGCAACUCUUGAGUUUACAGUAUUAGGCAAACCGGACGCUCCGAAAGGACCCUUAGAAGUGACUGAUAUUACAAAAAAGAGUUGUAAACUCAAGUGGAAGAAACCAGAAGAUGAUGGUGGAUGUCCAAUUACAGAAUACGAAGUAGAAAAAAUGGAUGUAGCAACAGGAAAAUGGGUGAGAGUAUGCAAAGUGCCAGCUAAAGAUAGCCUCAAGGAACCCGAAGUGGAAAUCACUAAUUUGGAACCAGGCAGUGAAUAUAAAUUCAGAGUAACAGCUGUUAAUAAAGAAGGAGAUUCUGAACCUCUCACUACUACCAAAUCUAUUAUUGCCAAAAAUCCAUUUGAUGAACCAUCAAAGCCUAAGACUCCAGAAAUUAUUGAUUAUGAUAACCAAAGUGUCACAUUAAAAUGGACAGCACCAGAAAAAGAUGGUGGUGCUCCUAUUGAAAAAUAUUUCAUUGAAAAGAAAGACAGAUUCAGUCAAGAAUGGGAAUUUGCCUUAGAAGUACCAGCUACAGAAUUCAAAGCUAAAGUACCAGAACUAAAAGAAAAAUCAGAACUUCAAUUCCGAAUUACAGCAGUAAACAAAGCUGGACCAUCAUCUCCAUCCGAUCCUACAAAGAUUCAUAUUGUUAAACAUAAAUCAUUAAAACCAAGAAUUGAUCGCACCAAUUUAAAAAAUAUUGUUGUCAGAGGUGGAAAAACAGUCAAAUACGAUGUUAAUAUUAAAGGUGAACCAGCACCGACUGUCAAAUGGCAACUUGUUAAUAAAGAGGUUAUAUCAGAAGGAAAUGUACAAAUUAUCAACGUGCCAUACAACACUAAAAUUACUUUGUCUGAUACGGCUCGUAAAGAUUCCGGUUUGUAUAAAAUAAUUGCUGAAAACGAGUUUGGAAAAGAUGAAGCUACUGUUGAAGUGACUGUACUAUGCCCUCCAACUAGACCUCAAGGUCCACUCAAAGUUAAAGACGUUACAAGCAGUGGAGCUAAAGUUAAAUGGGACAAACCAAAAGAUGAUGGCGGAAAACCGAUUACGGCUUAUGUGGUGGAAAAAAUGGACUCUCAAACUGGACGCUGGAUUCCAGUUGGUCGUACACAAGAACCUGAAAUGGACGUUAAAGGCUUACAAGAAGGCCACGAGUACUCCUUCAGAGUAAAGGCUUUGAACGAAGAGGGUGAAUCUGAACCAUUAGAAAGUGAUGGUAGCAUUAUUUCAAAGAAUCCAUAUGAAAUUCCUGGUAAACCUGGAACACCAAAGAUCACUGACUGGGAUGUUGAUAGAGUUGAUUUAACAUGGCAAGAACCAAAACAUGAUGGUGGAGCACCAAUCACCGGUUAUGUUAUUGAAAAGAAAGAGAAACUUUCCACGGUGUGGGAUGAAAUUUUAACUACAAAAACUCCUGCUUGUCAAGCAACUGUGAAAAAUCUAGUAGAAGGAAACCAGUAUCAAUUCAGAGUGCGUGCUGUGAACAAAGCAGGACCAUCUGAACCAAGUGAUGCUACUAAAAUGCAUACUGCAAAAGCAAAGAACUUGAAGCCAUUUAUCAAUCGAGAUAAAUUACAAAAAGUGGUUGUUAGGGUUGGUCAAGUCGUGAAAUUUGAUGUUGACGUACGUGGUGAACCACCACCAACUAUGACAUGGUCUUUCGGUAGUAAACCACUGACAAAUGGGCGUUCGGUGAAAAUUGAUAAUGAGGAUUACAAUACAAAACUCGUGUUAUCUGAUAAUACAAGAAAAAGUACAGGACUAUACAGUUUACGGGCUGAGAAUGCGUCCGGUUUCGAUGAAGCUACUGUAGAAGUUAUUAUCCUAGACAAACCAGGACCUCCAGUGGGACCACUUGAGGUUACUGACGUACAUAAAGAAGGCUGUACGUUAAAUUGGAAUAAGCCUAAAGAUGAUGGUGGCCUACCACUUACUGGAUAUUUAGUAGAAAAAAUGGAUACUACAACUGGAAAAUGGGUACCGGCUGGAUUUGUUGAUCCAACAAAAACUGAACACAAGAUAAGCGGUCUUGAACCAAAUAGAAAGUAUCAAUUCCGAGUUAAAGCGUUAAACGAAGAGGGAGAAUCAGAGCCAUUAGAAACAGAUGCUUCAAUUCUUGCUAAAAAUCCUUAUGACAUUCCGGGUGCUCCAGGAUUACCGGAAGUGAUUGAUUAUGACGAAAAUAUGGUGGAAUUAAAAUGGGAUGCGCCAAUAAGGGAUGGUGGAGCUCCUAUUACAGGAUAUAUAAUCGAAAUGAAAGGCAAAUAUGAUAGCUCGUUCGUAAAAGCUGCGGAAAUCCCAGGAAAUGUUUGCAAAGGCAAAGUUCUAAAAUUAGAAAACGGACAGCAAUACAAAUUCCGAAUACGUGCUGUAAACAAAGCUGGAAUUGGUGAACCUAGUGAAGAGUCUCUUCCUCAUAUCGCUAAAGCAAAAUUCAUGAAACCAAGAAUUGAUAGAACUAAUUUACAAAACAUAAUCAUGAAAGUCGGACACACAAAAUUAAUUGACGUGAAUAUUAGUGGAGAACCUGUACCUACCGUUACGUGGUCAUUUAAAGACGCUGAAUUGACUACUGGAAAUUCACUCGAAAUAAAUAACAUGGAAUACAAUACGAAACUAAUGAUCGUGAAAGCUUUACGUGCUCAUAGUGGUGUUUACACAAUAAAAGCCAAAAACUCUGUAGGCGAAGAUACAGCUACAUUUGACAUCACUAUCUUAGGAAAACCCACAAAACCUGGUGGUCCACUUGAAGUAUUCGAUGUGACAAAGAAUGGUUGCAAAUUGAAAUGGAAAAAACCAGAAGAUGACGGAGGAGCACCAAUUGAAUAUUAUGAAAUUGAAAAACUUGAUCCAUUAACUGGUCAAUGGAUUCCAUGUGGAAAAUCUAAUGAACCAGAAGCAAACAUCACUGGUUUACAAGAAGGAAAACAAUAUAAAUUCCGUGUGAGAGCAGUUAAUAAAGAAGGAGAAUCAGAUGAUCUAGAAGCUGAUAAGUUUAUAGUAGCGAAAAAUCCAUUCGAUGAACCAAGCAAACCUGGAAAGCCGAAACCAACGAAUUGGGAUAAAUCAUUUAUUGAUCUUGAAUGGGAAGCUCCUGAUUCCGAUGGAGGUGCUCCAAUUGAAAGUUACAUUGUUGAGAUGAGAGAUAAAGAUGAGAGAAACUGGGUUAAAGCACUCGUUCUUCCCAAUAAACGCUCUGGCCGAGUAACAGAUGUAAUUGAAGGUCACGAAUACGAGUUCAGAGUAAUUGCAGUUAAUAAAGUUGGACCGAGCAUACCAAGUGACAUUUCAAAAUCUGUUGUCGCAAAACCACGAUUUAUGGCGCCUAAGAUUGACCGCAAAAAUUUGGACAAGAAAGAAAUUCGCAGAGGAAAAUUCUUGAAAUUUGAAGCAGAUGUUCAAGGAGAACCCGCUCCUACUAUAACGUGGACUUUGAAUGGACAAGCAAUAUUAUUUAAUGAUAGAUUAACCAUAGAAAGUGAAGAAUACAAAACGACAUUUAUAUUACAAAAAGCUAAACGUUCCGAUUCAGGAAUUUAUACUGUUACUGCGAAGAACGAUUCUGGCACAGACAAAGCAGAAGUUGAAAUUGUCGUUCUCACUGCUCCAACUAAACCUAAAGGUCCAUUAAAGGUAUCAGAAGUAACAGCGGAUGGAUGUGAAUUAAAAUGGCAAAAGCCUGAAGAUGACGGUGGUGUUCCGAUAGAUCAUUACAUUGUUGAACGUAUGGAUACCGAAAUGGGACGAUGGGUGCCUGUAACUAUUUCUAAGCUUCCUGAAGCUGAAGUGACCGGUUUACAUGAGGGUAAAGAAUAUCUUUUCCGCGUAAAAGCGGUGAAUGCGGAAGGAGAAUCAGAACCCCUUGAAACUGAUUUUGGAAUCGUAGCAAAGAAUCCUUAUAAUGAGCCUGACCGUCCUGGAAAACCAUACGCUAAAGACUGGGACAAAAGUAGCGUACAUUUGAAAUGGACUCCACCUGCAAAUGAAAAUGGAGCUCCAGUCACAUCAUACAUUAUAGAAAAGAAAGAUCAAUACAGUUCUAAAUGGCAAAAGGCUGUUGAAUUAAUUGGAAAUAAAUGUGAAGGAAGAGUACCUGAUCUUGCUGAAAACAUGAAGUACACAUUCCGUAUAAUAGCAGUAAACAAAGGUGGUUUUAGUAAACCUAGUGAGCCUAGUGACCCAGUUAUCACUAAAGACAGAAAUGUUGCUCCUGUAAUCGAUAGAAGUACUCUCAAGAAUUUAACUUUAAAAGCUGGUCAGCAUGUAAAAAUUGAUGUAAAGAUUAGUGGAGAACCUCCACCAACAAAAAUAUGGUAUCAUAAUAAAGCACGUUUAGAAAGUAAAGAAAACUUCAAUGUUGAGUAUGAAGAUUAUAGAACCAAAAUUGCAAUAUCCAUAGCUGAAAGAUCACAUACAGGUGUAUAUGUGAUAAAAGCCGAAAAUGAUUCGGGCAAAGAUGAAGCAACAUUCGAUAUCACUGUAUUAGAUAAGCCGGGAAAACCUGAGGGCCCAAUAAAAAUAUCAGACGUACACAAAGAAGGUUGUUCUUUAAAAUGGAAUCCACCAGCUGAUGAUGGUGGUGUUCCUUUGAGUCAUUAUUUAGUUGAAAAAAUGGAUACUGAAACUGGACGCUGGGUACCAGCAGGAAGAAGCAAAGAACCAAACUUAACCUUAUCUAACUUAAUACCCGGUCAGGAAUACACGUUCCGUGUUUCUGCUGUAAACACUGAAGGAGAAUCUGAACCACUUGUAGCCGAUCACUCAAUUAUAGCUAAAAAUCCAUUUGAUGAACCCAAUGCACCAACUGCACCCAAGAUUGUUGAUUGGGACAAAGAUUUCGUUGAUUUAGAAUGGGAAGCACCUAUUAAUGAUGGUGGAUCGCCAAUAACUGGUUAUGUUAUAGAGAAACGAGAAAAGGGAACAUCUAGGUGGAUUAAAGCAGGUGAACUGAAAGAACCCGUGACCAAAGGUCGUGCUGAAGAUUUGGAAGAAGGAGUUGAGUAUGAAUUUAGAGUACGUGCUGUAAACAAAGCCGGACAAGGAGAUCCAAGUCCACCUAGUGCAUCAAUAAUUCCAAAACCAAGAAAAUUGGCACCAAAAAUAGAUCGUCGUAAUCUAAAAUCUAUAACUGUAAAAGAAGGAGAACCAAUUUUAUAUGACGUUAAAAUAUCAGGAGAACCAGCCCCUGAAGUUUCUUGGUCAUUUAAUAAUACUACCAUAAAUACUAAUAGUAUUUAUCAAAUUGAUAACAUUCCAUACAAUUCACGAUUUUAUCAUUCAAAUCCAAUGCGCAGUGAUACUGGAAUUUAUAAAAUAGUAGCCUCUAACAAGUAUGGUGAGGAUGAAGAAGAAGUAGAAGUUACUGUGAUUUCUAAACCCAGCAAACCAGAAGGUCCAUUAGAAGUGUCAGAUAUACACAAAGAUGGGUGUACAUUAAAAUGGAAAAAACCAAAAGAUGAUGGUGGUGAACCAUUGGAAGGAUAUUUGGUAGAGAAGUUUGACCCUGAUAAUGGAGUUUGGCUUCCAGUAGGACGUACUAAGGACCCAGAAAUGCAAGUAGCUGGCUUAAUACCGGGACACGAAUACAGUUUCCGUGUUAAGGCUUUAAAUAGUCAAGGCGAAUCAGAACCUCUUGAAACUUUAUCUACUAUUGUUGCUAAAGAUCCAUUCACCAACCCUGAAACACCUGGUGCACCGGAUAUCAAUGAUUGGAGUCAAAACCAUGCUGACUUAGUGUGGAAGAAACCAUUCAGUGAUGGUGGUACACCAAUUACCCAUUAUAUCAUCGAGAAAAAAGAUAAAUAUAGUGGAGUAUGGGAAAGAGCUGGUGAAACAAUCAACGAACAACCUCAAGGAACUGUUAAUGGUUUAGUGGAAGGCAAUGAAUAUCAGUUCCGUGUUAUUGCUGUAAAUAAAGCCGGUCAAAGUGAGCCAAGCAGGCCAUGUGCUAGCUUCAUAGCAAAACCACGAUACUUGGCCCCUCAUAUUGAUAGACGAAAUCUUAUGGAUGUAAAACUAUCAGCCGGUUCGUCAUUGAAAUUGGAUGCUGCUAUUACUGGUGAACCAGCUCCUCACGUCGAUUGGAGAUGUGGUGCAAUGCCAUUAAAAUCUGAACCUCAUGUUAACAUCGAAAUCGUAGAUUAUUAUACGAAAUUAGUUAUCAGACCCGUGAAUCGUGGUAAUACUGGCCAAUACACAGUUACUGCUGUAAACAGUUCUGGAAAAGAUACUGCAAUCAUAAACGUAGUAGUUACAGACAAACCUACGCCUCCAGUUGGGCCACUUCUAGUUUCUGAUAUACACAAAGAAGGCUGUAAAUUGAAUUGGAAAAGACCAGAAGACGAUGGUGGAACUCCUAUUGAAUACUAUUUAGUGGAAAAGUUCGACGUCCAAAAAGGCAGUUGGAUACCAUGUGGACGAUCACCAGAAACAGCAUUGACGGUGACCAGUUUGACACCGGAUAAGGAAUAUAAAUUCCGCGUAACGGCUGUAAAUUCAGAAGGUGAAUCUGAACCUCUCCAAACUGAAGAAUCAAUAAUUGCUAAAAAUCCUUUCGACGAGCCAGGUAAACCAGGUAACUUAGAAGUGACAGAUUGGGAUAAGAAUUUUGUUGACCUAAAAUGGAUACCACCAAAGGAAGAUGGUGGAUCACCUAUUACGGGUUACUUAAUUGAAGUCAAAGAUAAAUCUGGAAUAUGGGAAAAAGCAAUAACAGUACCAGCUGAUAAAACUACUGCCACAGUGCCAAACUUAAUAGAAGGCGAAUCAUACGUAUUCCAAGUAAAAGCUAUAAAUGCAGCAGGCCCAGGUGAAGCUAGCGAUCCAACCAAUACAGUUGUUUGCAAGCCACGAAAUAUGGCACCACAUAUUGACAGAACAAACUUGAAUGAUAUAAAAAUCAAAGCGGGACAAACUAUAAGUUUCGACAUCAAAGUGACUGGUGAACCGGUACCAAAAACCAAAUGGUUGAAAAAUCACAAAGAUAUACGAAUAGGCGACGGUGUAAAACAAACACACGUUGAUUACAAUACUAAGCUGAUUAUUCGUAUGGCAACAAGAGGUGAUUCCGGAACAUACAUGAUAACAGCUGAAAAUAUAAACGGAAAAGAUACGGCCUACGCUGAAGUAACAGUUUUAGACAAACCAAGUGCACCAGAAGGACCUCUAAAAGUAGCUGAUGUACAUGCUGAAGGAUGUACAUUAAGCUGGAAACCACCUGAAGACGAUGGUGGACAACCAAUUGAGAAUUACGUAAUAGAAAAGUUAGAUGAAGCACUGGGUCGUUGGGUGCCCGCUGGUGAAACUGAUGGACCAGCUACAAACUUUGAAGUUAAAGACUUGAUACCAGGCCACAAAUACAAAUUUAGAGUAAAGGCAGUAAAUAAACAAGGAAAAUCGGAUCCUCUAACCGCUAACCAGAGCAUUGAAGCUAAAAAUCCAUUUGAUGCUCCUAGUAGACCAUCAAAUCCCGUCAUCAAAGAUUUUGACAGCGAUUUUGUUGAGCUUGGUUGGGACAAACCUAAGGCUGAUGGUGGAUCACCAAUAACAGGUUACAUCAUUGAAAAGAAAGAUAAAUUCAGUCCAACAUGGGUCAAGGCCGCUGAAGUUGUUGGUGAUAUAAACAGCGGAAUAGUACCCGGAUUAACAGAAGGCAAUCAGUAUGAAUUUAGGGUACGUGCAGUAAACAAAGCUGGACCUGGUGAACCGAGUGAACCAACAUUACCUCAUGUUGCUAGGCUCAAAAAGUUGGCUCCUCAUAUCGAUCGAAACACUCUCUCAGAUAUCAAAGUCCGGGCUGGGAACAUGUUUGAAUUUGACGUAAAAGUAUCCGGAGAACCUCCACCAACCAAGGAAUGGUCUCUUAGAGGAGAUGUAAUCUUGAAAAAUGAGAGCAUUAAUAUAGUGAAUCAAGAUUACUCGACGAAAUUAAAAGUUAUUGACGCAAAACGUUCUGACGAUGGAAUAUAUUAUUUGGUGGCGAAAAACAUUCAUGGAAUGGACAAAGCUGCUGUUAAAGUUACAGUCAUAGACGUACCACAACCACCUGAAGGACCCUUGCAUGCCACUGAUGUCACAAAAAGUUCGUGUGUGUUGAAAUGGAAUCCACCGAAAGAUGACGGUGGAUCAGAAGUAACGCAUUAUAUAGUCGAAAAAAUGGAUGCCGAUACACUUAGAUGGGUUCCGGUUGGUGAGCCGUCUGGAACUUCGACGAGGAUUGAUCAUUUGAUCGAAGGCCAUAAUUAUAACUUUAGAGUUAAGGCUGUGAAUAAAAUUGGUGAGUCUUUGCCGUUGACUACAUUUGAUAGUAUAACAGCCAAAGACCCGUAUGGAAAACCAGAUAAACCAGGCGCACCUCAAGCAACUGAUUGGGGAAAGAGCUUUGUUGAUCUUCAGUGGACUCCACCAAAGAAAGAUGGUGGAUCUGAAAUCACAUCAUACAUUAUUGAAAAACGAGAAAAAUAUGGGCCUUGGGAGAAAGCUACGACAGUAAGUGGAAACAAAACAAAGGCUUCUGUGCCUAAUUUGACCGAAGGUCACGAAUAUGAAUUCCGAGUUAUAGCUGUAAACAAAGGAGGACCUGGCGAUCCAAGUGAUCCAUCGGAAGUCAUAAUCUGCAAACCCAAAUUCCUUGAACCAGUAAUAGACACUACAUUCUUACCUGAUCUGAUUGUACGUGCUGGUAAUAAAAUCAAUUACACCGUGCCAAUCGAGGCAGCACCUAGACCAACAGUGAAAUGGAGUGUUAAUAACAAGACGAUUGAGAGCAGCUCAAGAGUAGACAUACAAAUCUAUAACAGCCAAGUUAUAUUUGAAAUACCGUUUUCGGUACGAAAUGACACUGGUCGUUAUACAUUGACAUUAGAAAAUAAUUUGGGCAAGUGUUCAGCGUCUGCUAACGUAACAGUGCUAGAUCGGCCAUCACCUCCUGUAGGUCCAUUAGACGUUUCUAAUAUUAGAAAAGACGGAUGCCGUUUGACGUGGAAAGUACCCGUUGACGACGGUGGUGCUCCGAUUUUGCAUUAUAUUAUUGAAAAAAUGGACAUUUCCAGAGGCACAUGGUCUGAUGCUGGAAUGACAACAUCGUUGUUCCAUGACGUUUUAAGAUUAAUUCAUAAACGUGAAUAUUUAUUUAGAGUCAAAGCAGUUAACAGUAUUGGUGAAUCAGACGUUUUAGAAACGGAUUCCUCGAUAAUUGCAAGAAACGAAUUCGAUGAGCCAGAUGCUCCGGAGAAACCCAUUGUUACGGACUGGGAUGAAAACUUCGUUGAACUGCAAUGGGAACAACCAAAAACUGAUGGUGGCUCUCCGGUCACCGAAUUCACAGUACAAAAGAAAGAAAAAGGAAGUCCAUAUUGGGUAAAUGCCGUCACUGUACCAGGAAGAGAAACAAAGGCAAUCGUUCCAGAUUUAACCAAAGGGCAAGAAUACGAAUUUAGAGUUAUUGCCACUAAUAAGGCAGGUCCUAGUCCUCCAAGUGAUCCUUCGGACCCAAUUAUUGUGAAUAAUAGAUACUUAAAACCAAAAAUUAAAACUCCUCUGAAGGACAUAUUCAUUAGAGCUGGAACAGUUUUACAUGUAGAUAUUGAUUUUAUUGGUGAACCACCUCCAGAAGCAACAUGGACAUUAAACGGAACGGAACUAAAACCAGAUAACAGAACAACCAUAACUUCUAUUGGAUAUCACACAAUUAUGAACAAAGUUAAUUCAAAACGAUUAGACUCUGGAGUAUAUAAUUUAUUGCUUAAAAACAGUUCUGGAACUGAUGAAGGUUCAUUCAACGUUACCGUAUUAGACAGACCUGGGCCACCUGAUGGACCACUUACAUAUGAAGAUAUCACUGCCGGUUCGGUUACUCUGUCUUGGAAGGCUCCAAAAGAUAACGGUGGAAGUGAAAUUACAGCAUAUGUAAUUGAAAAACGCGAUUUGACUCAUGGUGGUGGUUGGGUACCAGCAGUAACAUACAUAAAUCCAGCAUUUACGCAUGCCACGGUUCCAAGGCUUAUAGAAGGAACAAGAUACGAAUUCCGAGUUCGGGCUGAAAACUUACAAGGAUUAUCUGAACCAUUAACAACAGCUGAACCAAUAAUCGCCAAGAAUCAAUUUGAUGUUCCUGGAAGACCUGGUAAGCCCGAAGCCAUUGAAGUUGACCAAGAACAUAUUAAAAUCAUGUGGACUGCACCUAUGAGUAAUGGAGGAUCACCAAUUGUUGGAUAUGAUGUUGAAAGAAGAGAAAGGUCUACAGCUGGUCGGUGGGCGAAAAUUACUAGAUCGCCAAUCAAGACGACCGAGUACGAUGACACUCAUGUACACGAAGGCAAACAGUACGAGUAUCGUGUAAGUGCAGUUAACGCAGCUGGUUCCAGUAAACCUAGUGAAGUUUCAGAUGUAUACACAGCGAAAUUAACAAGAGAAAAACCAAAACUUCACUUAGAUGGUCUAAUCGGUGGAAGAAUAAAGGUCAGAGCUGGAGAACCUAUUAACAUUAGCAUACCGAUAUCGGGUGCCCCGACUCCACGAAUUGAAUGGACUAUAAACGGUGAAAAACCACCGGAAACUAACCGCAUACUUUCUGUGACUGGAAGUAACUUGACUAAACUGAGAGUUGAUAAUUCAACACGUAAAGACGCUGGGAAAUAUACAAUAACUGCAUCAAAUACAUCCGGAAAAGAUUCUGCUGAUAUAUUUGUAUCAGUGGUGAGUUGCCCCAGUGCACCACAGGGACCUUUGCAAUACUCUGGAACUACACAUGAUACCGUUACGCUUGCUUGGAGGCCACCUGAUGAUGAUGGAGGCAAUGAUAUAACUGGAUAUAUUAUUGAAAUGUCUGAGUUUGGAAUGGACAAUUGGAAAACAGUUCCUGGUUUCUGUCCAAAUACUUCAUUCACGGUCAAAGGUCUAAACGAAGGAAAACGAUACGUAUUUAAGGUAAAGGCCGAAAAUAUGUAUGGUGUCUCGGAACCUUUGGAAGGAAGUCCAAUAAUGGCGAAAAGCCCAUUCGAUCCACCAGAUGCACCAGGACAGCCUGAAGUGACCAAUUACAGUCCAAACAGUUGUAGUUUAUCUUGGACUCCACCAUUUAAUACUGGAGGAAGAGCAAUUACUGGUUACAUAGUACAAAAGAGAGAAAGAGGCGGUGAUUGGGUGAAAUGUAAUAAUUACCCCACGUCUAAUACUACUUUCACAGCACAAGAUCUUAGGGAAGGAAACCGUUACGAAUUCCGUGUACUUGCUGUAAAUGAAGCUGGUAUGGGUAAACCUAGCAAGCCUAGUAAUCCAAUGACGGCUAAAGAACAAAAGAAGGUGCCCGAAUCUCCUGAAGCACCAAAACCAGACAGAAUCACAAAGGAUAGUGUAGUGUUAUCAUGGAGACCACCAAGGUUUGAUGGUGGUGCGAAAAUUAAAGAAUACAUUUUGGAACAAAAGAAGAAGGGUGAUUCUGAUUGGUCAGAAGUUAUAUGUCCGACUAUAUAUUCGACUUUGUGCACUGUUGGAAACUUAAAAGAAGGAGAUGAAUACCAAUGGCGAGUAAUUGCUGUAAACGAAGCAGGAAGAUCAAAGCCUAGUCGUCCAAGUGUAAAUAUUUUAGUCGAAGAACAAGCUAACAAACCCUGUUUGGAUUUGUCUGGUGUAAGAGACAUCACUGUGAAAGCUGGUGAUGAUUUUUCUAUUCAUAUUCCAUAUGUUGGAUUCCCAUUGCCCACUGCCACUUGGUUUAAUAAUGACCAAAUUAUAAGCGACACAGAUCCUAGAAUACACAUACAGAUGACCAGUAACUCUGUUAGUUUGGUCAUUAAAAAUUCUAGACGAACAGAUGCUGGACAAUACAGAUUACAGUUACGUAAUCAAUCUGGAUUUGAUACGGCAACAUUACACGUGAGAGUUUUGGAUAGACCACUACCACCAGAACACUUAUACGCUGAUGAAUUAAAUGGAGAUUCUUUAAUACUAUUCUGGCAUCCUCCAUUAGAUAAUGGAGGUGCUCCAAUAACAAACUAUCUAGUAGAAAAGAAGGAAUUCAAUUCAACAACAUGGCAAAAGGUAAGCAACUAUGUUGCUUCUCAGCAAUGUAAAGCUCGAAAUCUUAUUGUUGGAAAAACAUACCAAUUCCGUGUUAUGGCUGAAAACAAGUAUGGAAUAUCUGACCCUGCUAUUACUAUUGAUCCUAUAACUGCAAGACAUCCAUUCGACGUACCUGGAGCACCAGGAAUGCCAAAGGGCAUAGAAACAUCUGAAGACUCUAUUACAAUUACAUGGUCGAAACCUAGAAACGACGGUGGAUCUCCAAUUACUGGCUAUAUGAUAGAAAAACGUCUGAUUAGCGAAGAAAAAUGGACAAAAUCAACGCAUAAUAUAGUCCUCGAUACAACAUUUAAAAUACAUAAUUUAAUUGAAAAUCACGAGUACGAGUUUAGAGUAUCUGCACUUAACGCAGCUGGCCAAGGCCCGUGGAGUUCAUCUUCUGAUGCCAUUAGAUGUUGUCCACCAGCAGCCGCACCAAAAAUAACAAGUGACUUAAGUAUACGUGAUAUGACUGUAAUUGCUGGAGAAGAGUUCACUAUUACUGUUCCGUUUACUGGAAGUCCAUUACCAAAACCAGUAUGGAGUAUAAAUGGAGAAGAAAUCAUACCAGAUUCGAGAAUUAAAUUUGAAACCUCAGCGACUGAGACAAUAUUCAAAAAUAAAUGCGCUAAACGCAAAACUGAUACAGGAAAUUAUACUAUUCAUUUGGUAAACAGCAUUGGAGCAGACUCUGCAUCUUGUAAAGUUCUUGUUGUUGACAAACCAUUGCCACCACAGGGACCACUAGAAGUUACAGAUUUAACACCGGAAACAUGUUUGUUAUCUUGGAAACCACCAUUAGACGAUGGUGGUUCACCGAUCACAAAUUACAUUAUUGAAAAAUACGAAACAUCAAGUGGUUUGUGGUCGAAAUUAAGUAGCUUUGUUCGUCCAUGUCACUAUGAUAUCAUUGGAUUAGAACCAAAUAAGAAAUAUAAUUUCCGUGUCCGAGCUGAAAACCAAUAUGGAGUAUCAGAACCAAUUGAAAUGGAUUCAGCUAUAACUGCUAAAUUCCCAUUCACGGUACCAGAUCCACCGGGUCAUCCACAGAUUUUAGAAUGGGACGAAAUAAAGGCCACGUUGAUGUGGGAAAGACCCGUACAUGACGGAGGAGCGAAAAUUCAAGGAUACAAAGUCGAAUUCAAAGAUAUUACCGAAGGUGGAAGCUGGCGUACAGCCAACGAUUAUGUUGUAAAAGAGCCGCUAUUUGUCAUUCACAAUUUGUUGAACGAACACGAUUAUGAAUUCCGUGUGCUGGCUAAGAACGCCGCAGGUUUCAGUAAGCCCUCGAUUCCUACACCUAACUUCCGACUGAAAGGUAAAGCGAAACCACCGUCGAAGCCUGGUACGCCGAUCGUUCUUAAGGUUGGCAGAACCUAUGCCGAUUUGAAAUGGGAACCACCGAUUUCUGAUGGUGGUAGCAAAAUAACAGGAUACGCGAUUGAAAAAAGACAAGUAGGAGUUGCUACAUGGGUGAAAUGCAAUGAUUAUUCUGUAUUCGAUUGUAAAUUCACUGCCAUGAACUUGAUUGAGGGCGCUGACUACGAAUUUAGAGUAUUCGCUUUAAAUAUAGUUGGUAAAAGUGAACCUAGUUCGUGUACCACACCUGUGAAGAUAUGCGAGUUCGAAGGUGGAGAAAAACCAGAAUUUAUCGUACCACUUACCAAUAAAGUUGUACAGUUCGGCAAAACGAUCACGUUAAGAUGCGAGGCCACAGGAAAACCUAUGCCAAACGCUAAAUGGUUAAAGAACGGUCGUGAAAUUGUUUCGGGUGGACGAUACAAAUAUGAAUCGUCUAACGGCGUUUUUCAAUUACAUUUCCCUGAAGUAUCAGAACUUGAUGAUGGUGAUUAUACAUGUGAAUCAUAUAAUCCUGUUGGAUUUGUUACAACGUCAUCGCGUAUUAAAAUUGGACAUCCACCUAAAAUCGAACGAAUGCCAAACUCGAUCAACGUUCCUGAGGGAGAAAACAGUAAAAUUAAAAUAUUCUAUAGUGGAGAUUCAUUGGAAGAAGUCAUUCUGGAAAAGAAUGGAGUAUCUAUUCCUCAGAGUGAUCACUUUAAAUUUACUAUCUUCGAUGAUUAUGUAAUUAUAUUUUUGAAAGAAGCAAAGAAAAAUGAUGCGUCUGAUUAUACUGUAACUCUAACGAAUCUCAGUGGUAGUACCUCAGGAUCGUUUACAGUCAAUAUAUCUGGCUAUCCUGGACCACCAAUUGGACCAUUGGCCGUUUCAGAAAUAACAAAACAUUCAUGCUAUCUAUCUUGGCACCCACCAAAAUAUGACGGUGGUCUUAAGAUUACUCAUUACAUUGUAGAGCGCAAAGAUAUAAACUCUAACCAUUGGAUAUGUAUUUCUACUACAUGCAAAGAUAUACAUUUCCUUGUACAAGGUCUAACCGAAGGAAAUGAAUAUGUCUUCAGAAUUAUUGCUGUAAACGAUAAUGGAUUAAGUCCUCCGUUAGAAGGAGUAAAUCCAAUCAAAGCAAAAUCACCUUAUGAUAAACCAUCACCACCUGGAAUUCCUACUGUAACUGAAAUUGGUGGGGACUUUGUUAACUUAAGUUGGGAUAAGCCAAUUGACGAUGGUGGUUCGAGAAUACAAGGCUACAUAAUUGAUAAACGUGAAAUAGACUCCGAUACAUGGCAGAGGGUGAAUGCCGCCAUUUGCGUUACAACGCAAAUAAAUAUUUCAAAUCUCAUCGAAGGACGUCAAUAUGUAUUUAGAGUUUUCGCACAAAAUGAAGCUGGUUUAAGUUUACCAAGCCAAGCUUCCAACACAGUGACCAUAAAAGAUCCAUUAACUGCUCAACCUCCUGAAAUAAUCAAGCCUCUUCAUAAAGUCCAAGCUAUUCAAAACCAAAAUGCUCAAUUCCAAUGCGUUAUUACUGGGGUUCCUAAACCUACAAUCACUUGGUACAAGGGAGCUCGAGAAAUCACACCAAGUGCCAGGCAUCAUAUGUUCUACGAAGGAGACUCAUAUACUCUUAUUAUUAAUGGUGUGUAUGGUGCAGAUUCAGAUGAAUAUGUAUGUAGAGCCAGUAAUAAGGGUGGUAUUAAAUCAACUAGAGGAGAACUUCUAAUAAUGACACCACCGAAAUUAAAUGUACCACCUCGAUUUAGAGAUACGGCAUUCUUCGACAAAGGAGAAAAUGUCGUUAUUAAAAUUCCUUUCACUGGUUUCCCUAAACCAAAAAUUAAGUGGUACCGUGAGAACGAUGUAAUAGAGUCUGGAAGUCAUUUCGCUGUUGAAGUAUCUGAGAGGCAUGCUAUUCUUACUAUCAGAGAUGUUAGCAAGUAUGACAGCUCUCCAUAUAGAGUUGUGGCAGAAAAUGACUUAGGAGUAGACAGUGCCAUAAUUAAAAUUCAAAUCAGUGAUCAUCCUGAUCCACCAUUUAAUUUAUCAAUUGAAGAUAUUGGACAAGAUUCGCUUCUUCUAAACUGGACUGCACCUACAUGGGAUGGUGGAUCUAAUAUCACCAAUUAUCUGAUUGAAAAAAGAGAAAUACCAAUGAGUAGUUGGAUUCGUGUUGGAAACACUAGAUUCACUUCGACAGCUGUAACGGGUCUAAGUCCUGGACACGAAUAUGAAUUUAGAGUAUAUGCUGAAAACGUCUACGGUAGAAGUAAACCAAGCGAAGUAUCACCGGUUGUCAGGACUAAAGAACCCAAGAAAAAACCACCAAAAACAAAACGCUACGAAGUUGAUGAAACUGGCAAAAAAAUAAGAGGAAAAGCAGAUGGUAAUAUUAAAGACUACGACCAUUACGUUUUUGAUAUAUACUCGAAAUAUAUACCACAACCAGUGGAUAUAAAAUCACAAUCCGUUUACGAUUACUAUGACAUAUUGGAAGAAAUAGGAACCGGUGCAUUUGGAGUUGUACAUCGGUGUCGUGAACGUAAAACGGGCAACAUAUUUGCUGCCAAAUUCAUACCGGUUGCACAUAACGUCGAAAAAGAAUUAAUCAAAAAAGAAAUAGACAUAAUGAAUCAACUUCAUCAUCCAAAACUGAUAAACCUACACGACGCUUUUGAAGACGAUGACGAAAUGGUUUUAAUAUUCGAAUUUUUGUCCGGAGGCGAGCUAUUUGAGAGAAUUACGUCAGAAGGAUAUUCAAUGUCCGAAGCAGAAGUAAUCAACUAUAUGCGACAGAUAUGCGAAGCUAUUAAGCAUAUGCAUGAAAGAAACAUCAUUCAUUUGGAUAUAAAGCCAGAAAAUAUAAUGUGUCAAACAAAGAAAAGUUCCAAUGUAAAACUGAUUGACUUUGGUUUGGCAACUAAAUUAGAUCCUAAUGAGAUUGUUAAGAUAUCAACGGGAACUGCUGAAUUCGCAGCACCAGAAAUAGUUGAAAGAGAACCAGUUGGUUUUUACACAGACAUGUGGGCAGUUGGUGUUCUAGCUUAUGUGCUUUUGAGUGGACUUUCACCUUUUGCCGGAGAAAAUGACGUUGAAACCCUUAAAAAUGUUAAGGCUUGUGACUGGGACUUUGAUGAAGACACGUUUGCUAUCGUUUCUGACGAAGGAAAAGAUUUCAUCAGACGACUUUUGAUCAAAAAUAAAGAAAAACGAAUGACUGCUCAUGAAUGUUUAUUACAUCCGUGGUUGAUGGGAGACCAUUCUGAUCGUACAACUGCACUCAAUUCGUCGAAUUACAUCAAGAUAAGAGAUAAGAUUCGACAGAAGUACAGUGAUUGGGAUUCAUUUGCAGUACCACUUGGUAGAAUAUCAGAAUAUAGUGCUCUUAGAAAGCUCAUGGUAGAAAAAUAUAAAAUAUAUGAAAGCUCAUUUGAUCGACGACAAGCGGCUCCGCGAUUCGUUAUCAAACCUACCAGCGCAUUUUGUUAUGAAGGACAGAGUGUCAAAUUCUACUGCCGAGUUAUUGCCGUGGCGCAACCAACAUUGUCGUGGUUCCACAAUAAUGAAGAGCUUCGUCAAAGUGUUAAGUUCAUGAAGCGAUAUAAUGGUGAUGAUUACACGUUCAUCAUCAACAGAGCUAAGCUUGAUGACAGAGGAGAAUACAUAAUUAGAGCAGAGAAUACCUAUGGAUAUAGGGAAGAAGUAGUAUUCCUCAACGUACAACCUUUGCCGAAAGCCGCUCCAGUGUACAGGCAAGAAGUCCAACAAGUCAGAAGACGAGAACCACUAGCUAACACGUAUUAUAUCGAGGAGAAGGAAAGUGCUCCGAACUUUACGUUCUUACUGCGUCCUCGUGUUAUUCAAAUACAUCAAACAUGCAAGUUGCUAUGCUGUCUGAGCGGCACACCUAUGCCCACUAUUCAAUGGUUCAGAGGAACCAAAGAACUAACGAAACGUGAUUACACCAUCACCCAUACGGACGGUGUGAUUACAUUAGAAAUUAUUGACUGCAAGCCUGAAGACUCGGGCAAGUACCGCUGUGUUGCAACCAACAAGCACGGCUCAGAUGAAACCAGCUGCGUUGUGAUUGUAGAAGGUAUUGAGCAAAGCAAAGAGCAAGCCGAAUUGUCGCAUAAUUUACUUCACUCAGGAGAUCGCAGGUACAUCGAACAGCACCACAGGCCAGCGCCCACGGUUAUCACCACGCGCACGGCCAUCACGUCGAACGUGCACGGCACGAGUUCGGUGUCCUCGAACAAGUCCACCACCACCAGCUCGUCAACAAAGAUCAGCGACACGACGAUCAGCUCGACUGAUAGAAAGAGCGUGAAAAAAUACGGAAACAAACUGAACACAGUUGGAAGUCCGUCGAGAUCGCGUAGUUCUACUAAAGAACUAAGAUUGUCGCCCGAUGAAGCCAUGUGUCCACCGGAUUUCUCUACGCGCUUAAUUGACACCUCCAUCAACGAUGGUCAGCCAUUGGAACUCGUUUGCAAAGUAACUGGAGACCCAGAACCACAGAUAACAUGGUUAAAGAACGGAAAGACGAUCAGUUCAUCAAAUGUUUUGGAUUUGAAGUACAGAAAUCGAUUGGCGACAUUGAAAAUUAACGAAGUGUUCCCCGAGGAUGCCGGAGAAUAUAUUUGUAAGGCUACCAACUCGUUGGGUACUAAAGAAACAUCUUGUAAACUCACCGUCAAAGCCGUGGAUGUAUCCCAGAAAGAAAGCCGAAACGACUCACCUCCUGUGAUUUCCAGCCACUUAACAUCAGCAACAGUAACGGACGGCGACGCCGUGACACUUCAAUGUCAAAUUAUCGGAGCCAACAAAUUCGAUGUGGUAUGGCUACACAACCACAAAGAGAUCAAGCCCAGUAAGGAUUUCGAAUACACGAACCAGGGCAACGUAUAUACUCUGAAAAUCGCUGAGAUCUUCCCCGAAGAUUCGGGAACGUACACGUGCGAGGCGUUCAACGACGCCGGAGAAUCGUUCAGCAGCUGUUCGAUCGUCGUUCUAGGAGCGAACGAAAAGCCCAAAGACGUGAUGUUCCGAACGUUCCCCAAGUCGGUGACCGUACAGGAAAAGGAAAGCGUCGAGAUCGAAUGCGAGAUCCUCGGAAAACCAACGAGUGUGACUUGGUUCAAGGACAACGUUCCUAUUGGCGAGGACUUGAGCGUUUAUCAGUUCAUGAAAGUGGACGAUAAAUUCCGAAUGAAAAUACUCAGGGCCGUCCAUGAUGACAUCGGUCAAUACGUAGUUGAAGCCAAGAACUCUAACGGCGUUCAAGCCACGGCCGCAUUCUCAGUGAACUUGUCAUCGCUAUCCGAUUAAGUUUUAUGUUGUAAAAUCGACAUUCAAGACGAACUGCACACGAUAUGUAAAAUAAUCUACGACGAAAGAAAGUAAAAAAAAA